GUGAAAGAUACCUGUAUUUUGCGUGUCUGUUUAGAUAAGAUAUCACUACAUAGUCGGGGGGUCCUGGAUGAUUUCCCGGGAGUGCAUAACGUGUCCCAGCAAGUCGGAUCCUGCGGGGUAAGCCGUUAAUUAUUACAAGCACUCCAGCGCUUCUUGUCCAUUGCUGUACCGCGUUUAUGGCGCUACGUCACUAACGGACCACCAUAACGCUUCCAUUCCAGGCACCACGAAUGGCACGGAGAGGCACGACGAUAUCCAAGAUCCGCAAUACAAAGUGGUUGGUUCUGUUUUGGUUCACAGCAACAACGGAUGAGAUGUCAUCAUGGGACAAUCUCACUCAGAAUUGGAGCAUCGCUCCAAAGAGGAGGUCACUGCUAAACUCGCAGAGAAGUUCGCACGCAAAUGUUUCGAACCUUUAGAGCUGCACCACUUCAAAGAUAAUUUCAAAUCACUUGCCGACCACCAGCAAGAUGUACGCUAUCUCAAAGAAGACACCAUCGCCCGCUUUCUGGAGCUGCCCGACAUCCUUGGCGUCUCGCCUGUCGUCUUCCAGAUGGCCUCGUACAUUGGCGCAUUCCCCUUUCUGCAUGAUGCACCUGCCGUUCUUGGUUUCGAACAAAUGAUCAUGGUUGUCACGAUCCUGAGCGAGAGAUAUACCAAGAUACUAUCCAAAGGGGCCGCGACUAGGAGGAAGCUCCUCUUCAAGAGCUUGGCAGUAUACGAUCGUAAGGUGUCCGAGAUUGAGAAGCAGUACCAGACCUCGUCAACUAGCGAGACUAGAUCCCACGCGCCUGGCUUUGCGGUUGACGAAGCGGGCGAUGACCCAGAAGAUGAGGCGGUUGAUGACGAUGAACUAGUCCUCGCUGCCCUCGAUUCUUUGGAUCUCAACGAUGCAUUCAAGGCAGGCGACUUGCACGCUGCGACCACCCAUGGCGCCCUGAUACCAGCUGACAACUUCCGACGACUAGUCAUGCUAUUGUUGUUAGUAGCACCGCUAGAAGUUCAAGAGAGCCUUUCCAAGUUCGCCCCUCGUGUUACAGGCGAAGAGCUUGAAAGUCUUCGGACAACCGCGGAGAACAUAUUGUCAGCGUUCCUGAAUGUGGAAAGGUCUCCGGGAAUCACUUUCACUCAGUUCAACGAAGUCAUCCCAGUUAACUUUCCAUAUUUGUUCAACGGCUUCAACGCCCUUUUCGAGCACUUCCUCUUCUCUAAAAGUCUCGAUCUCAACAAGCGUAAAGGCAGCGUCCCCAAGGUUGAAGAACACGCCAUACCUCUUCCACCUUUACUACUGAAUAAAGGCCGAACUCUAAAUCUCAAUGUCCUGUCACAGUUGUCGUUCUUUGUACCAGGAAACGAACUAUUUCGGCGGCUGAGGCUGCUAUAUUCUGGCGCAGAGGCUGGCUUCUCCAUGGGAAGCUUCGAGGCCAAGGUCUUCAAUUGGCGUGCUCCUACUAUUUUGUUAGUUACGGGAACUAGACUGGAAGAAUCUACGAGACCCAGUGGAUCAGAAGCGCACUUCUUAGAUUCCAUACCGCCAAAGCGCUUUCCCAAUGGUAGUCCUCCGAACAAGGAUCGCGUCACAUUCGGGGCAUUGGUUCGGCAACCGUGGCGGAGCACCAACAAGGAGUGCUUUGGCGGCAAUGACAUGGUUCUCUUCCAGCUGGGUCCGACACACGAUGUAUUCGCUGCCUCAGUCAUCAACAAAGACUUUGUAGCAUUCACUAAACCCCCAAAUACAAACCCUGGCAUCACAAUCGGAUGUCCCAUUCCCAAGAUGGGUCAAGCCGCCCGCCAUGAGAGCCUUCGAGCUUUAGGUCCCGUCUCAUUGGUCAUUGACUCGAGCUUCGAGUUUGGUGUCUUCACGCACGAUUAUACAUCCCGCGGAGGGGCUUUUUCAACCAGUACCUCAAGGAAGUUUGACUUUCAGGAACGCUUCCAGAUUGACGACAUCGAAGUAUGGGGCUGUGGAGGCGACGCAGAAGCAAAAUCCCAACGAGAAAGAUGGGAAUGGGAAGCAAGGGAGGCUGAAGCAAGAAGGAGAAUCAAUUUGGGUACAGGGGACAUUGCGGCUGAUCGCGCUUUGUUGGAAAUGGCCGGCCUGAUCGGUACCAAUAGAAGCGGAGGGUCUAUGGCAUAACGGGCCAAUGAAUAGUAGAACGGUUAAAGCAUGGCGUUCGGGUCCAAUGUCAUUUACAGGUACUUAUGCAACAUGGGGCGAACAGGGACUUGAUUGUGAGUUUGAGCAGUUUUGCGAGACUACGUUCCACGCACGUAUUCUAAAAUAUAUGAACCGUGGACACCAAAUAGCACACAUGGUAUUUUAUAAUGGAGAAGUUUAAACUUGCUG